AUGACGACCUCAUCCCAUGUGUACGAGCUGUUUUGCGGCAGGUCGCUGUAUUUGGCGUACUACACCGACGUGAAGAGCAGUGCGUCGCUGCUGCACAAGAUCCUGUCCAACGAACUCAACGUCGCCCUCAUUAAUGCAGACACGGUCGUGAGCCUGUUCCAAAUCCACGCCGCCGCGUCUCGCGCGCUCCUCUCGGUGCAAAACCACUCGAUGACCACGAACUCGCUCCACUCGGAACUUGUCUUCAAUCUGUCAGGGACGCGCAACGUCACAGAUUCGCUCCGCCGCUUCGGCAUCAGCAACCAAGCCACCCAGGUCCUUGUGUGCGUGUUCGACGAUGCUACCGCCCUCGACACAGUCGGCAUUGAUGGCGUGCUGAAACCUGUGACUUCCAUCGAAAACCACGCCCACUUGACUCCCGAACACAUCCAAGUGUUGAAGAAGCACUACAAGAUUCAGGACCUGGAGCUGCAAGUGACCACGCUCAGCGAUGCCAUCGUCAGCCGCAUUGCGACCAAGAACGUCAAUAAGUAG